UUCCAUCAUAUUACGCGCGGUCGUCGUCCGCGAAGCAAAACGAAAUAUGUCUGAAGUGAAUUUCGACUGUAUACGCUCUAUUGAGCCCAACGCAAUAGACAUCCCACCCGCCGCCGUCACAGCAUCUACCUCCACCGCUACUGCAACCUCACUUACCUCAACCAUUACCCAUUCAACUGGUGCCGCUGCGUCAUCUUCUCAAAUGCAACUGUCACAAUCAUUAAAAAAUUCCAAAGAUGUUUAUCUCGAAGCGACUCGCAUUUUAAUCGUGCUCUUGGAAAAUGUACUUAGCGAGCCAGCUAAUGCUAAAUACCGCAGCAUACGUCUUGAGAAUAAAACAAUAAAGGAGAAAUUACUCUCAGUGGCAGGCAUUGCGCAGUUGCUAAAUGCUAUAGGUUUUAAAAACAACGACACAGAAUACACGCUGCCACAGGAGGUGCCUCUGCAGCGGAUUCAACAAUAUAGAGACGUUUUGCGCGAACGACGUGAAGCGUGGCUUAAAAAUACAACUCCGACAGCUAGAGGUAAAUUAGUAGAGGAAACCACAAAAGUGAAUGGACAUGAAAUGGCUGCAUUUUCAAAUAAAAGCAAAGAGCAAUUGCCCCAAACGGAGCCAUUGCCUGCACCUAUCACAGUGUCCGUUCCAUAUAAGCAACGCAUUCAGUUUCCGCGUAUACUGCGUUUAAAUAAUGCUUUCCUGCAAGCUUUGGAGUUGCAAUCAGAUUCUGUCAUGCAGUAUGAAGAUGAAAAGCUAGUAUCCGCUGGACGUGCACUCAUUCCCAUAGAUGACUUAACACAUAAAGCUAGUGAAAAACUGCUCGCUAUUCAAACACAGAUCAAUGCCGGAAAAUGUAACGAGAAGGAACCAUGCAUAAGGGAUCUAAUUGUGGUCGAACUGUGCAACUGGUUCAACACAGAAUUCUUUGAAUGGGUCAAUAAUACGCCUUGUCGCGUCUGUGGUAGCGAAGAAAGCAAGUUACGACGAACGCAAACCGAAGGCGAUCUGCGCGUCGAGGUUAGCUUUUGUUGCGGCCAGGAGACAAAAUUUUAUCGUUACAAUGAUGUGGCGCAGCUGUUGGUAUCGCGGAAAGGACGAUGUGGAGAGUAUGCGAAUUGCUUUACGUUCCUGUGCCGUUGUUUGGAUUACGAUGCACGGCUUGUUUUGUCGCGUUUCGAUCAUGUAUGGACUGAGGUUUAUUCAGAAAGUCAAAUGCGUUGGUUACAUGUUGAUCCCUCCGACAAUGUAGUGGACUCGCCGCUUAUGUAUCAGCAUGGUUGGAAGCGGCCAAUAGACUACGUGAUAGCUUACUCUUGAGAUAUACAGGAUGUAACGUGGCGUUAUGUGAACAAUCAUAAAGAAACGUUGCAGGCUAGACGACUUUGCAGCGAGACCGAUUUGAUUGCAGCAAUUUUAGGUAUACGCAAAAAACGGCAGUUAGGCUUUAGUGUCGAACGCAAAAAGGCGCUGAGCCUACGUACAUUGUUAGAGCUAUUCGAACUCACGGUGGAGCGACAACCAACAGAGAGUGAACUUAAAGGGCGUAGCUCAGGUAGCUUGGCUUGGCGCCAAUCACGAGGUGAACACACGUUCAACAAUAUCUUUGUUUUCACUCUCAACGACGACGAAAUUAGCGCUAAGAAAUUUAAUAUGCGUUACAGCUGUGCCAAAGAUAUCUACGAGCGUUAUCUUAAAGCUGGUACCUCGGAAUUAAAAAUUCUGCAGACGUACAAGACUUGGCAAAGCGCACAAUUUUCAUCCAGAAACAUUUUCCGCAAGGUCGAGCGUGAUUGGAAAAUGGCUUACUUAGCACGAGAAGAAGGUGCUGAGCAAGGUGAAAUCGUUUGGAAAUUCGACUUCAGUAAAUCUGGUUUGAGAAUUAAGUCAUACAAAUUGCGUUUCGAGCGCAAAACUUUUGGCGAAGGUCAAAUUGAAGUGAAUGUGAUUGCUGACAAUGGUAAUGCAAACAUUGUUGGCGCUUCAGUAUUUCAAAUCAAGGCUGUUUUGUCGGGUGGCAAAGGUGAUGUCGCUUGGCAGCAUGCUCAAUUGUUUAGACAAAGUCUAAAUCAAGCAGAGAGUCUAUUUGAUUUGCAAAUCGAAUUGAUAUAAAUUUCCAAUUUUUACCAAAUUUGUUGUGCAAAAAUUUAUGGUUUAGUUAAUUUAAUAAGAAAAAAUGUAUUAUGAUUCCUAAUUAAUUGUUCAUGAACAAGCAAAAAAUAAUGUGCAACAUAUGUAUGUAAAUUGCAAAGCAUGUU